AUGGCAGCGGCCGCUCCCUCAACAUCUGCCGUGUCGCCAAAUCCGACCUCGCCCAUUACUACUUCAUCUUCCAUCUCGUCGACUUCUACUACCCUCCCUCCGACAAGCACGAGCACGAGCACCACCAGCACCACUAGCAGUACGUCGACUUCGAGUUCGACGACAUCGUCGUCAUCCACAACCACUACGACCUCGUCCACUUCGACUACAACAUCGUCAAGCUCGACCUCGACCUCGACAUCUUCAAGCACCACGUCAUCUAUUCCACCCACCACUGUUGUUAUCACAUCGACUUCAUCCGCCACACAGCCUUCGGAAACUCAGACGACAGGUGUAACUUCCACCACUUCUUCAGCGACUUCUCUUGCGACGGGCGCAGCCGCUUCCUCGGGUUCUUCCGGACUGUCGGCUGGAGGCACAAUUGCUGUUGCUGUUGUUGUCCCUGUAGUCUCGGUCGGUCUGAUUAUUAUCGUUCUGAUAUGGUGGUGGAGAAAACGCAAGGCCAACAAACUGGCCGAGGAAGAACGACGUAAAGAGGUGGAGGAAUACGGGUUCAACCCGAACAAUGACCCCUCUGUACCGGGGGUUGCAGCAGCUUCUGUGUCCAACAAGUACAGUGACCGAUACGAGGAUGGUGGCUCCGGGUACCGAGGCUGGGGAACAACUUCGCACCCACGCAACCCAUCUACCAACCUGUCGAGUGGAGCCGGAAUGAGCAUUCCAAUGUCUGAAACUGGCAGUGCCGCUGGCUACGGGCGCAACACCGCCUCGCCAAAUGAUGCACCGGUGCAGUACGGCGACGGUUCGGUGAGACCCGAUUCUGGUGAAGUUGCUGCCGGAGCCAACGACAGUGAUAUCCGCCGUGGGACGUCGAACGCGUCGUCGGCGUACUCGGCUGGGGUGCACUCUGAAGGAUCGGAAGAUGCUCAUAUGGUGAACGCAGGGACUGGCCACUACUACGAUGAAAACAGCGCGUACUACCACCCAUCGCAGGCGCAGUACGGCGAUCCCACAUAUGGAUCGGCGGCCCCGGUGAUCCGCGAUGUUCAAGCCCGCCGCAACACGCGCAUCGAGAACGCAGCAGUGUACCCACAGCAGGGCAAUGCCGGAAUCGCGCAGAACUUCUAG